AUGGGUAAAUCACGCGGUUACAGAUCUGGUACUCGUUACAUGUUCCAACGUGACUUCAAGAAGCACGGAAUUGUGAACUUGUCCACCUACUUGACUAUCUACAAGGUCGGUGACAUUGUUGACAUCAAGGCCAACGGUUCCAUCCAAAAGGGUAUGCCUCACAAGUACUACCACGGUAAGACUGGUAUUGUUUUCAACGUCACCAAGUCUUCCGUCGGUGUCAUCAUCAACAAGGUUGUUGGUAACAGAUACAUCGAGAAGAAGGUCAACUUGAGAGUCGAGCACGUCAAGCACUCUGCUUGUCGUAAGGAGUUCUUGGACAGAGUCAAGAUCAACGCCGGCUUGAGAGAGGAGGCCAAGGCCACCGGUAAGCAGGUUGUGUUGAAGAGACAACCAGCCCAGCCAAGACCAGCCAAGAUUGUGUCUGCCGACGGUAAUGCCGCCCAGACCUUGGCCCCAGUUCCUUACGAGACCUUCAUCUAA